AUGGCUUGCCUCUUGGACUUUGCAUUUCGCAAGCUCAUCGGGAUCAAGGGAGCUGUCCUGGGGAUGAGAACCAUCAAGAGCAUGGCGGCGCCCUCGUUGAUCAAUAUUGCCCCGGCUGUUUGGGAUCUCAAUUAUCUUCAGACCAUGUCCAUCCACGCAGAGGUUAUCCCAUGGAUUGCUUCCGGAAUCGCUCGCUUGACGAAUGCCCGGUCUGCGGCUCUCCGAGAAAAGUUGACGUUUCUUGUUCAAAGGAGGACGCCGGGUGAUAACGCCCAGGGACCAGUCGACCAGGAAACAGAGACUAGAGACGAAGUGAGAAAGAGACUAUGGUCGUUGUGCCAAACGCGCAUCCGGCCGGAACCAAUCAAGGCACCUUUCGUCAGGAAAGUGGUCCCAGAACAGGAGACAUCACAGCUUGUCCUCGCAGAGCACGAACUAGAAGCGUCUCCACCUUAUAUCGAAGAUUUCGACAGCGAUGCUCUUGUCACCAUGGCGCAUUACGAACCGGUGCCCAACCAAGAUCCCUAUGCUGCUUUGCCUGAGAACCAGGCUGACCCAGACGAACCCGUGAUGGACGAUUCCUUGCUGGUACUCGAGCCGUACAAUCCUGAUGUUGGAGCGUCAUCGUCGGACGGAUGGAUGCGUAGCUCUGAGGCCGAAUACUUCUACACUGAUGGGCAAGGAAACGUCUACCCGAUAGAGAGGGAAAUUGUUCGGGAGGACCACCAGAUCGAUUGGCCGUCAACCCCACAGCUUCUCGGCUCUGACGAGUUUGAUCACGGAAACGAAGAAGACCCGGAAGAGGGUUUGGAUGGCAGCAUCAACCGCACAUAUAUUAUGUACGAUGGAGGGCAACCUUGGCCCCCUUUAUCGGGUGUCCACAUCCACACCGAAGAUGACCUGCCAUACCCGCUGGCGCCGUAUCUCGGCGACGCACCGUUCAACGAUCGCGCGGGAGACUGA